AACUUUCCCGAGGAGCACACGCUGCGUGUCUGGACCUCUUCUAACCCACCGGGACUUUUUGUUUCCAACUAUUUUUUUUUUUUUCUUAAUUUGACUAUUUCCUCCCAUGAGAUGUUGAACGUGGUCGUGCGCCCUCAACAUCUCCACACCUCGCGGUCCCACAGAAGACUGAACUAGAGAAACAUUUCUUUUUUCCCCCUUUUUCAUUUUGUCACACCACGCUGUCAACUCUGGUGCCAUUAAGCGCACGCUGAGCGCAGGUAUAAUCCACGGAAACCGCUCUGCUUGAACACGGACUGUCCAGCGGCAGCACCGGGAUUUUCCACUAUAAUUAGUAUUGAUCUAUAUUUGGAGGUGGAAGUGGUCGAUCUGUUGGAAUUGUUUUAUUUUCAAUGACUUACAGGGUUGGACCUGAAGUUAUAUUUGGAACAACAAGACAUUAAACAGAACAUCAGUCUUUGUGUGUGACGGGAGGUUGGUUGACCAUGCAGCUGGACUGUCUGUGGACGGUCCACGCCCUCCUGGCACUGUCCAGCUUCGCCCUUGGCAACCCAUUGAUCAAUGAUCCGCUGGCCGCACCUCGCGUCUUCAUCUCUUUUAAAGAGCUGAGAUCUACUGGUACUGCUCAUCACUUCGCCUACCUCCUCAACACGUCAGACUACCGCAUUCUGCGCAUGGACGAAGACCAUGACCGUAUGUACGUGGGCAGCAAGGACCACAUCCUGUCCCUGGAUCUUCAUGACAUCAACAAGGAGCCACAUAUCAUCCACUGGCCAGUGUCUGAACGAAGAAGGAUGGAGUGUCUUGUGAGUGGGAAGGAUGCCAAUGAGGAGUGUGCAAACUUCAUCCGUCUGAUUGAGCCAUGGAAUCGGACUCAGCUGUAUGUCUGUGGGACAGGAGCUUACAAUCCAGUCUGUACCUUUGUCAACCGUGGACGCAAACCUCAGACAUCCAUGUAUCUGCAGAUGGCCCAGGCCAGAGGAAGGGCUAGCCGCGCAGCUGAAUCCAGCGCGGUGCACGAGACACUUGGAGUAAAGGAAGAAAUAUUUCAUUUGGAGCCGGGGAAAGUGGAAUCUGGGAAGGGAAAGUGCUCUUAUGACCCGAAGCUCAACAGCGUGUCUGCUUUGAUCAAUGGUGAACUGUACGCCGGAGUUUACGUUGACUUUAUGGGAACAGACUCUGCCAUUUUCCGUACUUUGGGGACAAAGACAGCCAUGCGGACAGAUCAGUAUAACUCCAGAUGGCUGAACGACCCCACUUUCAUCCACGUCCACCUCAUCCCCGACAGCGCAGAGAGAAAUGACGACAAGCUGUAUUUCUUCUUCCGGGAGAAGUCCUCAGAGAUGGGCCAGAGCCCUGUGACCCAGGCCCGAAUAGGUCGCAUCUGCCUGAAUGAUGACGGGGGCCACUGCUGUCUGGUCAACAAGUGGAGUACCUUCCUGAAAGCCAGGCUCAUCUGCUCGGUGCCCGGGGCCGACGGCAUGGAGACGCACUUCGAUGAGCUCCGAGAUGUUUACAUACAGCCAACACAGGACACGAAAAAUCCCGUGAUAUAUGGAGUCUUCUCUGUCUCUGGCUCCGUCUUCAAAGGCUCAGCAGUCUGUGUCUAUUCCAUGGCCGACAUCCGCAUGGUCUUCAAUGGGCCCUUUGCCCACAAAGAGGGUCCCAAUUACCAGUGGGUGGCCUACACUGGGAAGAUCCCCUACCCUCGCCCUGGCACGUGUCCUGGAGGUACCUUCACUCCCAACAUGAAGUCCACUAAGGACUAUCCAGAUGAAGUGAUUAACUUUAUGAGGAAUCACCCAGCCAUGUACAAUGCAGUGUACCCAGUGCACAAGCGCCCCCUAGUGGUUAGGACCAACGUAGACUAUGAAUUCACCGCUAUCACUGUGGACCAGGUGACUGCUGCAGACGGCAACUAUGAAGUGCUUUUCUUAGGAACCGACAAGGGGACAGUUCAGAAAGUCAUUGUGCUGCCCAGAGAUGAUCUGCAGACCGAGGAGCUGGUCCUGGAGGAAGUGGAGGUUUUCAAGGUCCCUACUCCUGUAACAACAAUGAAGAUCUCAUCCAAAAGGCAACAGCUGUAUGUGUCAUCUGCGGUAGGGCUAACACAGCUGGCUCUGCACCGCUGUGAUGUGUACGGCGAGGCCUGCGCUGACUGCUGUCUCGCCAGAGACCCUUAUUGUGCGUGGGACGGCAAGUCGUGCUCCCGUUACUCUGCCUCGCAGAAGAGGUCUGACCCAUUUAGACGAAGCAGGAGGCAGGACGUCAAGUACGGGAAUCCCAUCCGCCAGUGCCGUGGCUUCAACUCCAACACCAAUAAGAACACUCUGGAGAUGGUGCAGUAUGGGGUGGAGGGAAGCAGUACCUUCCUGGAGUGUCAGGCCCGUUCUCCACAUGCUGUAAUCAAAUGGCAUCUGCAGAGAGAUAAUAGUGACCGCAGGAAAGAGAUGCGUUCUGAUGGUCGGGUUUUGAAGACAGAGCAAGGUCUCCUCCUGCGAUCGCUGCAGCCAUCCGACUCCGGCAUGUACCAGUGCUCGGCGACGGAGAAGAACUUCAAACACACGCUGGUGAAACUGCAGUUGGUGGUGUUGUCAAGCCGGGCUGUCAACAGCGUGCUGGUGGAGGGUGGGGGAGGGCUGGUGUCAUCUUCUCUCCACUCCAGCAGCACCCAGUGGACCCCCAGUGGAGGCCAGUACAAAGACCUGCUGACCAUCCUGAGCCAGCCAGAGAUGAACCUGAUCAAUCAGUACUGCCAGGACUACUGGCAGUUUGGAGACCCGCUGCUGGGCGCCCUCAAGGCCAAAGACCUGAAGGAGCUGAAGGAGCACAAGAAGCCCCGCAACCGCCGGCAUCACGGGGAUGGGGAGGAGAACGAGGAGCAGGAGGAGGAAGAGACAUGAGGAACCCAGCUUUGUGUCUGAAACAACCCCCCGCCACCCACCCCCCAACCCCUCUUCCACCCGCCCUGUGAAAACUGAGAGAGACUCAUCGAGAGUAGCUACAUGAAAAAAAAAAAAGUCCACAAAAAAUUCAAACUGAGAAAAAAAAUGGCUUGCAAACAAAACCCCACACACGUUCUCUCAAACAGCAAGAUAUAAGAUACACAGUAUUUAUUGUAGGUUGUAUAAAGUAUCAUUCUGUGGAUUUCUUUGUACUUAUAGAAAAAAAAAAAAACGUGCUCUUUGUGUAUAGGUACCUUUGGGGCAAAUAUUGUCAUUAUUGAUGUUGUUAAUUUUAUUGUUGCUGUUACUGUCAUUACAAAACUGUCAGCAUCAUUUGACCUUUGACCUGGCUGUUUGGAAUGUGUUAUCAGGCACGUAAGCUGUCGCCGGCGAACUCUGAGAGGCUCGUUGUGACGGGGGAAAUGAAUUGUUGUUAAGGAGUUAAUGGGAUCUCUUUUGUUUCUUGCUUGGUUUAACUCAAUGCCAGGACUCUUUUAUUACUGGACACAUCGGUAAUACUGGUAAUGCAACCUCCUUGUGACUGUGGCAAAGGGACCAGCGACACAUGGUCCCAGUUACUGGGGGAAAACAGUAUUUUCUCCAUGGGAACUUACAGUAUGUUGCAAUUGGGCGGUUUUAGUAGAUAUAUUUUUAAGCUGAUGCUUGCUCCUUGUUUUUUUUUCUGUCUUGUUGAGUGGCUUGAUUGUAAAAUGAUGCAGCUUGGCUAUCUGUCAGCCGAUAUUGAUUUCAAAAAGAGAGAUUUACAUUUGACAAAGGCCAAACAAAUGAAAAAGUUCUUAUUUGUACUCUGAGUAAGCUGUAGUUCCUUCUGGCAAUGAGCUUGAGUUUUAAAAUGAGAAGCCAACAUACGAUCAGUUUUGUUCUGAACUCUAUUUAAACAAUGGUUUCCAUAAUAAUGGCAUCCUAAUGGUUAGGAUAUUUUCAAAUGCAAAGAUCCUUUGUAAUGCGAGUGAGGUGCAAUAAAAAGGUCAAGGUUUUCCACAGAGGGCAUUAUUCUUUUUAUUUUCAAGGGACAUUGGCUGGGGCCAAAUGCAAGAAGCACACUCGGGCAAGGAAUGAUUGGAUUCUGUGUGGAAAUAAAUCAAUAUCGAGAGGAAAGAUGUGCCCAGAUCAGGCAGCGGUCGUUUAGCUCCGAGCACACGAGACAUCUUUCUUUCUUACUUCCAUGUGACAUUCAUAUGUGGAAAAAAAAAAAUGCCCAUAUACACAACAGAGCAUUGUAACAAUGUUGUGACACUAACCAAAAUAUUGGGAAGCUGGCUUUCAUAGUGUGCAUGAACCUGUAUUUGUACUGUAAUCCUGAUAAGAUUCUGUGUGGUCCUUUUAUUUUCUGUUCUUCGUUUUUAGGGUUGUACAGUAUGGUAUGAGGGAGGUUCUCAGUACAGAAAAAUGGGAAAACAAAUGCUUUAAAGAUGCCCCUUUUUUAAAAAAAUAAUAUACUCCUGUACAGAGCAUGAGGCAUUUUCUUCUGGGCAUACAUUUUGUUCAAAGUGCUACAAAGUGCAAUUAUCUUGCGAGUGUGUUUUAAUAGCACAUGAAAGUACAAGUAGGCAAGUGUGAAUAGAUGAGAGGGGUGUUAUUAUGAAGUGAGUAAAGAAUCUAUUGAUUAGAAUUUUGACACUCGCUCUCUUUUACACUUCAAUGUUCACAAAAAAAAUAGAAACAAUAGAAUUAAAUUGGGUUUUUCUAUCUGCUCCUUCAUUUGGAUGCAGUCUCCAUUACCAGAAUCGGUCUAAGCCCCGAUCAUGAACUUCAAAUGACAGCAUUGGUUUUAAGGAAAGUUUAAAAAGGGCAAAAAGAGGUCGUACAAGUUGUUUGGUAUUUUUUUUAUUUUGUCUUUAGAUUUUGAAUGUUUUUGUGUUUUUGUUUUUUGCAUCAUCAGACUUCAUGAAAAAAGGAAAAAAAAACACUAAAUGCACAAAGGUGAUGUUAUUGUAAUGACUUGUGUAAAUUACUUUAUCUUCCAUUUCCGUUGUUGUUGCUGACUAAUAAAUUAAAGCUCUAUAUUUUAUAAGAAUGGAAUGCUCCCCCCCUUCGUUGUCAUUGGCCUUAGACUGAAUGUUUACAUGUUCUGCCCAGAACCUUCUGGAUCCAUGGAAUAAAGUUUUACCUGUUAAAGAGA